UGCUGCUGCUGCUGUUGCUGCGGGGAGAGGGAGAGCCGCACCCCGGAGGAGCUGACUAUCCUUGGAGAAACACAGGAGGAAGAUGAUGAGAUCCUCCCACGCAAGGACUAUGAGAGUUUGGAUUAUGAUCGCUGUAUCAAUGAUCCCUACCUGGAAGUGUUGGAGAGCAUGGAUAACAAGAAAGGUCGAUGGUAUGAGGCCGUGAAGUGGAUGAUGGUGUUUGCCAUUGGAGUCUGCACAGGACUGGUGGGUCUGUUGGUGGACUUCUUCGUGCGAAUGUUCUCGCAACUCAAGUUCCGGGUGGUGCAGACUUCAGUGGAAGAGUGCAGUGAAAAGGGGUGCCUGGCCUUAUCUCUCCUUGAGCUCUUGGGUUUUAACCUGACAUUCAUCUUCUUGGCCAGCUUGCUCGUCCUGAUUCAGCCAGUGGCAGCGGGCUCUGGGAUUCCCGAGAUCAAGUGUUACCUGAAUGGCAUCAAAGUGCCCGGGGUCGUCCGCCUCCGCACCCUGGUGUGCAAAGUGCUGGGUGUGCUCUUCAGCGUGGCAGGCGGUCUCUUCGUUGGGAAGGAGGGCCCCAUGAUCCACAGUGGUGCAGUUGUAGGUGCUGGCUUGCCCCAGUUCCAGAGCAUCUCCUUCCGGAAGAUCCAGUGUAACUUCCCCUAUUUUCGAAGUGACCGGGACAAGCGAGACUUUGUGUCGGCAGGAGCCGCCGCAGGCGUUGCUGCAGCUUUUGGGGCCCCAAUUGGGGGCACUCUGUUCAGCUUGGAAGAGGGUUCGUCCUUCUGGAACCAGGGACUCACCUGGAAAGUGCUCUUCUGCUCCAUGUCUGCCACCUUCACCCUGAACUUCUUCCGCUCUGGGAUUCAGUUUGGAAGUUGGGGUGCCUUCCAGCUCCCUGGAUUGCUGAACUUUGGGGAGUUCAAGUGCUCUGACUCUGAUAAAAAAUGCCACCUCUGGACAGCUGUGGACUUGGGGUUCUUCAUCGUGAUGGGGGUCAUUGGGGGCCUCCUCGGAGCCACUUUCAACUGCCUGAACAGGAGGCUCGCAAAGUACCGCAUGCGCAACGUGCAUCCGAAACCUAAGUUUGUCAGAGUCCUAGAGAGCCUGUUGGUGUCACUGGUGACCACGGUUGUGGUGUUCGGGGCUUCGAUGAUCCUGGGAGAAUGUCGGCAGAUGUCGUCUGCAAGUCCGAGUGGUAAUAGCUCCUUCCACCCACAGAACCCUUCAGAAGAUGUGAAUUCGAGCAUCAAGACCUUUUUUUGUCCCAACGAAACCUACAAUGAUAUGGCUACCCUUUUCUUCAAUCCCCAAGAGGCUGCGAUACUGCAGCUUUUCCACCAAGACAGUACUUUCAGCCCCAUCACACUGGCCUUGUUCUUUGUCCUCUAUUUCUUACUCUCCUGCUGGACCUAUGGCAUUUCUGUGCCCAGCGGCCUGUUUGUCCCCUCGCUGCUCUGUGGAGCUGCUUUUGGUCGCUUGGUUGCCAACAUCCUCAAAAGCUACGUCGGGCUGGACCACCUGUACUCGGGGACGUUUGCCCUGAUUGGAGCUGCGGCGUUUCUGGGCGGGGUGGUCCGCAUGACCAUCAGCCUCACCGUCAUCCUGAUUGAGUCCACCAAUGAGAUCACAUACGGGCUCCCCAUCAUGAUCACCCUGAUGGUGGCCAAAUGGACGGGAGACUUUUUCAACAAGGGUAUUUAUGACAUCCACGUGGGCCUGCGGGGCGUGCCUCUUCUGGACUGGGAGACCGAGGUGGAGAUGGACAAGCUGAGAGCCGGAGACAUCAUGGAACCAAACCUGACCUACGUCUACCCGCAUACCCGGAUCCAGUCCCUGGUCAGCAUCCUGCGGACCACGGUGCACCAUGCGUUUCCUGUAGUGACCGAGAAUCGGGGGAAUGAGAAGGAGUUUAUGAAAGGAAACCAGCUCAUUAGUAACAACAUUAAAUUCAAGAAAUCGAGCAUCCUGACCCGAGCGGGCGAGCAACGGAAGCGGAGCCAGUCCAUGAAGUCCUACCCAUCGAGCGAGCUCCGCAACGUGUGUGACGAGCAUGUAGCCACCGAAGAGCUGGCCGAGAAGGAAGACCUGCUGCAACAGAUGUUAGAGAGACGAUACACGCCGUACCCCAACCUGUACCCAGACCAGUCCCCCAGUGAAGACUGGACCAUGGAGGAGCGCUUCCGCCCUUUGACUUUUCACGGCCUCAUCCUGCGAUCCCAGCUGGUCACCUUGCUGGUCCGAGGCGUCUGUUACGCUGAAAGCCAGUCGAGUGCUAGCCAGCCUCGCCUUUCAUAUGCGGAGAUGGCUGAAGAUUACCCCCGAUAUCCUGACAUCCAUGACCUGGACUUGACACUGCUGAACCCUCGUAUGAUUGUGGACGUGACUCCUUACAUGAACCCCUCACCCUUCACCGUCUCCCCCAACACUCACGUCUCACAAGUCUUCAACCUGUUCAGAACCAUGGGCCUCCGACACUUACCUGUGGUGAACGCAGUAGGAGAGAUUGUUGGGAUAAUUACCCGGCACAACCUGACCCGUGAGUUUCUCCAGAGCAGACUAAGGCAGCACUACCACACCAUCUGACCUCCCUCGUCCCUCGCCCCUCCACAAGGCAGCCCUUCCCAUCCCGAAGAUGCACAAAGGGGGCCCGCUCUCCCUGCCCUGGGCCUCAGCCGUCUCAGGACGCAGAAGAUUCAUCAGUUGGUUUCGUCCCCUUUGCACCGAGAGCCUGGAGACCUCAGAAACAUUUUGCUGGUCAGAGGCGGGAGAGACCAUGAGGAAUACCACCUGACCCCAUUGGAGAGGUUUGGGUCUCUCUGAAUGCCUUUGGAGAAGAGCUUCUUUCAUUUGUCCUGGCUCCCCUUUGCAUGACACCUGCCUCGAUGCCGCCUGCAGCGAUACCUGAGGGUCAGCGGUUAGAACCAGCCCCCUCCUAAGCCAUGCCUUACCCACUGCAGUAUGAAACUUGAAGCGUGUCCUUCUCUUGUCCUCCUCCUUGCAGUUUUUCUUCCUCCCUUGAGGGGAAUGCAGCUGAUGCCUUAUUGACUGCACAGGAGGUGUGGUUAAGGCUGUCGCCAUGGUGAUGUCGACUACCAAAGGAAGAGGAUCACUCAUUUCAGGAAGUGGAAACAUCCACUUCCCAGAAGCCCUUUCCCAGUUAGGGGCCGCCUUGUGUUUUGUGGACUUUUUUUUUUUUUUUUUUAAUCAAAAGUCAUGCUCUUUCUUUUCAGGGGUCAGUAAGUGCUCUAGUCUUGGGGCCUGGGGCACAAGGCAGGACCAAAGAAUUGGAAUCCAGGGGUGGUUGGGGUGAAGACAGAUGUAGCCUCCUCCUUCUGUCCUUCAAUCCCAAACCCUCGAGUGGUCCCCAAACUCCCGUCUUCCCUGACAUUGGCAUUGUCUGGGGCUUGAGAGGCUUGGCUUGGCUCUCUCCUCCCUUUCCUCCCCCCAGGGAAUUCAGCAUUACCAAGGGAUGGCUUGUCAGUUCCAUGGUGCUCCUGCCUCUUUGGAAUCUAGCAUCCAAAACCAACAUUAAUGGAGCAGGAGGACACUGGAACGACACAAAAUUUUGUCAGGCUGGUAAGGAGAAACCUAUUUUGCGUUCUGAACGAUCAGGAGUAGGUCUGCUGGGCAGGGUCAGCUGCAGGGCGACCCCAGGCCAAACUCAAGGCCCUUCCUUGAGAUUCAUUCAUUCAAUGGCAUUUAUCGAGCG